AUGCCGAUACCCACACGUUCGGGGUCGCUCCGCGAACCGAGGAAACAGGUUAGUUUGUGGUCGGGGAGUACAGUGAGAGGACAAAGGGAGGUGACGCAGACGCAAGGACAAGCACAAGCACAGAAAGAGGCACCGGCAUCUGCGCCCACCCUGGCCAGUCGACGACAGAGCUUGAUGAGACCUAGUCCGUUGAAGACGGCUACGACGCUCGCUCCCUCAACGAGAACUACACCAGUUGCUCCGUCGUCUCCUAGAAAGCAAGAGCCCAAACCGAGGGUGCCUACAUCGCCUAAGAAAACGGAUAUGCCUCCUCCGCCUUUACCUCGUCACGGGAGAUCUAUUUCGCUACGACAGCCUGUGAGUUCGAGCCCGGCAACUGCUACCGCUCCUAGAGGGCAUUUGCGACAGCGUAGCCAGGUUCUCGCAUCAGCUUCGCGUCCCCCUUCGCCCAGAAAGACUGAGGCGUCGAUACCCUCGACACCGACUACCCCACGAACGAGAACGCAGUUCUCGACUUAUCAGCAGUCAUCCUCACCGAAGAAAACGGUUAAACCGCCUACCCCGACACCAUCGAAUACUAGUUCAACGGAUACGGACCCUUCGUUGAUACCCUCGUCCUUGCCCGAGGUUGCAGCGUUGCAGACAGAAGUUCUACAGUUAAGUCUGUUACAUUCGUCUUCGUUGGAGGAGAAUGCCGAUUGGCAGGCUCAGUCGGAAAAACAACUACGGAAGAAAUAUGACGCGGUCGCUGCGAGUUACCGACGUGUUGUGGCGGAAGAGAAAGAACGUCAACGUCGACUCAACGGGCAGGCGUUGGCUGGCUGGCUCCAGAAUUCCCAUGAACACAACGGUCAACAGGUUUUUGCGGAGCAAAUUCAGGUUCUCUCAGAGAUUGCGCAAGAGGUGUCUGAUUUAUCCGACAGUUCUGGAGCAGGAAGAUAUACAUUGGCCAUUCAGGAGUUCGAGGACUGGUUGCGUAAGGCGAAUGAAAUCAAGAAAUGGCGCAGUCGAAUCGGCCCCGAGGAUGCAGCUGAUCAGGUGGUAUUCAUUGACCCUCUGAACCGCGCCUGGAAGGAGGAAAUGUACGCUCUGGUGAUGAAACUUGAACUAUGCUCCCGACAGUUGCAGAGUCUCGAUAUUCUGGGCUACGGGGACAUGGAAAACCUGCAAGACUCCGCUCUCCUCCGGACCGCCAAGGGCCUGAAUGACAUGAUAAACCUGAUGAUUGAAGAGACCACUGCGAUACGUAGCAUUGAAGACGAUAUCGUUAAGGCCGAGAGAAUUUGGGUUAGCCACCUGACUGAGCAACUAGCGGAUGCCAGACCACGCGAUGAGAGGGGCCUAAGAGUUGGAAUGUGGAGAAGAAGGGGAUGA